UUUUCAUUUGCAGUGUUACUGUAACGACUCGGCGCGGAUCAUGGACCCGACCCCCCUGCAGCAGACAGUGAUGGAGUCCCAGGAGGUGACCUCCCCCCCCCAGGAGGUGGACCCCAGUGCCCCCACCCCUUCAGAUCCCUCUUCAAUUACCAAUGCCGACCAGGCUUAUGAACCACUGAGUUACGAUGAGUUGUUCCCAGCACUCCCCAAUGCUGCCCAGGCACCAACUCCUGUGGCAGAAGCUCCCCAGACCAACUGGAGCAAACACAGUGAAAUGCGAAUUGCCUCUUCUGUUAUCACUCAGGUGUUCCGUGUUCCUUUUGAAGAAAGAGCGAAGAUUGAUGGUAACAACCAGUUUGGAGAAUCGGCCUCAACGCGUAUCUGUUCUGACAUUACUGGCCGUACAGGUGCUCACAUUGAGAUCUCCUCUGCAAAGGACCAGUCUCUGACCUUCUUGGUGACUGGCAAGAGCGAUGCCGUGAUGAAGGCUCGUCGACUAGUGCUAGACAAGUUCCAGACUCAGGCACGGCAGAUUAUUAAGAUCCCGAAGGAGCACCACCGUUUCAUUCUUGGCAAGAAGGGAAAGAAACUUCAAGAGCUUGAGAUCAACACUGCAACCAAGAUUCAGGUGCCCAAUGCAGCCGAUAACUCUGACGAAAUCAUUGUUGUGGGAACAAAGGAGAGCACCGAAAAGGCUAUGCACGAGAUCCAGCUGAUUUCAGAUGAACAGAGCAAGCAAGCUUAUGAGAAGCUGGAAAUUCCCAAGCAGUACCACCCAUUCAUCUGUGGUGCUAACAACGAGAAGAUCAACACCAUGAUGACAGAACACAAUGUGCGAAUCAAUGUUCCUCCUCCCAGUGUCAUGAAGAACGAGAUGACCAUUGCUGGGGAGAAGGAAGGUGUCUUGAAGUGCAAAGACAUUAUCCAGAAGUACUUCAAGGAAAUGGAGCGUAAAUGCCAGACUGUGUCAGUAGAAGUACGCAAGUCUCAGCAUAAGUACGUCAUUGGCCCGCGUGGGUCUAACAUCGCUGACAUUUUGCACCAGACAAAUGUUUCUGUAGAAAUGCCCACUACAGAUUCCACCUCCGAGACAAUCACACUGAGAGGACCUCAGGACAAACUUGGUCAAGCCUUGACACUGGUGUAUGCCAAGGCUAACAGUGUAGUGCAAGCUGAUGUGGAGGCCCCAACCUGGCUCCAUAAAUUCAUCAUUGGACGCAAGGGAGCCAACAUCCGCCAGAUCACUCAGGAUCUCCCGAAGGUGCAUGUGGAGUUUACUGAUAAGCAGGGUGGCAUCAAGCUGGAAGGACCACCAGAAGAGGUUGAAGAAGCCAGAGAGAAGCUGGAAGCUAUGAUUGCCGACUUGAAGAGCAAGCUUUGCUACGACCAACUAGUUGUUGAUCCUAAAUUCUACAAGCAUAUCAUCGGCAAGAAUGGAUCGAACAUCAACCGUAUUCGCAAUGAGACUGGUGUCCUCAUUAAUAUUUCGGAGGCUGAUGGCAGCAAUCUCAUCCGCCUAGAGGGCAGUCCAGAUGGUGUUGCACGAGCAAAGACUGAACUGGAGGAACUUGUUACGAAAAUGGAAAAUGAGAAGGAGAGAGAGAUCAUCAUCGAGCAGCGUUUCCAUCGCAACAUUAUUGGCACCAAGGGAGAUAAGAUCAAGGAAAUUAGGGAUAAAUUUAAUCAAGUGCAGAUCUCUUUCCCUGAUGCUGGCGAGCAAUCAGACAUUGUCAAGAUUCGAGGGCCUAAGGAGGAUGUCGACCAGUGUUACAAUUUCUUGAAGCGCAUGCUGCGUGAACUCCUUGAAUCCAACUAUCAAGUGAAAGUGUCUAUUUUCCGUCAGUUCCACAAGUUUGUCAUUGGCAAGGCUGGUUCAAAUAUUAACAAGAUCAGGGAGGAAACUGGCACUCGCAUUGACCUGCCAUCAGAAGGCCAGAACAGCGAUGAGAUUAUCAUCACUGGGAAGAAGGAGAAUUGUGAGAAGGCCCGAGAACGCAUCCAGAAGAUCCAGGAUGAGCUGGCAAGUAUUGUGGAGCUGGAUAUCAUCAUCCCUGCAAAGUUCCACAACUCCAUGAUUGGUGCCGGAGGAAAGCUGAUCCAGAGCAUCAGCGAGGAGUGUGGGGGCGUUGCCAUCAAGUUCCCUCCUCCAGAGUCCCGCUCUGACAAGGUGACAAUUCGUGGUCCCAAGGAGGAGGUGCACAAGGCUAAGCAGAUGCUGGUUGAACUGAGUAAUGAGAAGCAGUUGGCUAGCUUCACUGCAGAGGUCCGUGCCAAGCCUCAACACCAUCGCUUCCUUAUUGGACGCAAUGGAGCUAACAUCCGCAAGAUCCGUGAUGCCACAGGAGCACGCAUCAUCUUCCCGACUGAUAAGGAUGAGGAUAAGGAGCUGAUUACCAUCAUUGGCAAGAAGGAAGCCAUCGCAAAGGCUAAAGAACAGCUGGAGAUAACUAUCAAGGAGUUGGAUCUUAUUGUCGAAGACACCAUGACUGUUGACCCAAAACACCACAGACAUUUUGUGGCACGCAGGGGAGAAGUCCUUAGGCAGAUCGCUGACCAGUAUGGUGGGGUCACCGUCUCCUUCCCACGAUCAGGCGUGCAGAGUGAUAAGGUUACUCUCAAGGGAGCUAAGGAAUGUGUAGAGGGAGCCAAGAACCGUAUUACCGAGAUCGUGAAUGACCUGGACCAGAUGGUGCAGAUGGAAGUGACCAUCCCGCAGAAGUUCCACCGCACUGUCAUGGGUGCUAGGGGCAGCAAAGUGCAAGCCAUAACCACUGAGUUUGAUGUACAGAUUAAGUUCCCUGAGAAGGAUAGUGGAAACAAUGCCAAUGUUGAAGAAGGCCACGGACAGGUGAAUGGAGAGGUGAAUGGUGAUGGGGAAGUAGCCAUCAGGCCACAAGACAUUGUGCGUGUCAUGGGCAAGAAGGACAACUGUGAGAAGGCACGUGAUGCUCUGCUGAGUCUUGUGCCAGUCACUGUGGAGGAGAACGUACCCUUCAGGCACCAUCGCUUCAUCAUUGGUCAGAAGGGAGAGAAUGUUCGCAACAUGAUGACUGAGUUUGAUGUCAACAUCCAGGUUCCACCAGCUCAGGACCAGAGUGACAUCAUCAGGAUCACUGGCCCUCCAGCCAACACUGAGCGAGCUAGCGCAGCCCUCAGACUGAAGGUUCAGCAGCUGGAGGAGGAGGAGAGGGACCGCCAGGCCCGCUCCUUCAGCCUGCGUGUGGAGGUUGACCCAGAAUACCAUCCCAAGAUCAUCGGCAAACGUGGAGUGGUCAUCACCAAGAUCCGCGAGAAGCAUGAUGUGAACAUCCAGUUUCCACCGAGAGGUGAUCCUGAGGAGAACUUCAUCACCAUCACUGGGUAUGAGGCCAAUGUGAAUGAGGCCAAGAAUGCCAUCUUGGCCAUCACAGGGGAGCUGGACAAAAUGGUUAAGGAGACGGUUGAGAUUGACAGCCGUGUUCACUCCCGUCUCAUUGGCAGCCGUGGGAAAGCCAUCAAGAAGGUCAUGGAGGAAUACAAGGUGGAGAUUAAGUUCCCACGUGGGGAUGACGAUCCCAACACUGUCACCAUCAUUGGAGCCCAGGACAAUGUGGAUGAAUGCAAGGACCACCUUCUUAACCUCAUGGAAGAGUACAUGCAGGACAUUGUCGAAGAGGAGGAUAUGGAGGCCUACAUGAACCCUAAACCUUUCCAGGCUUUGUUGGAUCCUGGGCUCGGAAGCCAGGGACAGGGAGGGUCCAGUGGGCAGGGUGGACAAAAGAAGGAAGAGGCUGGCUUCGUGGUGAGUGGAGCUCCAUGGGCACAGGAAGCUCCAAAUAUGGACUCGGCUGUUGACUUCCCCUCCAUGGGAGCCAUGUCUUCAGCUCAGAGCACCCCAACCACCUGGGGUCCUCGGCGCUAAACUCUUCUACCUUGGUGUCUACUGAAAACCUCUGCUUUAAUUUUUUUUUCUUAUUUUUUUUAGUUUAGUACAUAUAAAUUAUUUAAAUAUUCCACUAAAGACCAUGUUAAAAUGACUAUGCAUAGAAUUUUUGGACUUACCAUUGUUGUUAGAUUAUGACUAUGUGCUUGAUUAUAAAGUGGCACAUUUGAUUGUUUUAGGAAUUGUUAUAUAAUUUUGAUACUUUAUUAGAUUCGAUGUCUUCAUUUCUCAUUAUUGAAAGGUCUUUUUAUACAUUUUUCUUGUAAUAACUUUUUUUUUCUUUAUUUUUGCGGUGUAGGGACAAAGAGCGAAAGUUGGUCGCUUGUACACUGGACAGAUUGAUUGGGGGAUCAUCCCUGUCUAGUUAUUUUUUUUCUAUACUUGAUGCUGUGUGGUGUUUUUUCUUUGGGGUAUUUUUUAAGUUAAGAAGAAAAAUAUGGUAUACCCUUAUUUCACAUUGAGUAAAAGGGGACACUAACAACACAAUUAAGUAUAAUUAAAAAAAAAAAAAAAAAAUGUAAAAAAAAAUAAAAAACAUCAGUAAGAACACUCACUGGAUCUCUGCCUGUCACCAUCACUAGAAGAAGGUUGAGAAGAGCCUUCCUCAAGAGAGAUUCCAGCAACAACCAUCACUUAAGUGGAUCUUCCUCACUGUCUUGCUGCACGUUGACGACCCUUUAACCUGACCCUGGCCAACGCUAAUUGGAAAUAUUCGCCUGAGACGAGUCAUUCUGCCAGUCUUCCCAAUGUACACCAGAAGCGACCCCUAGAUGAAAGGUGUCCCAUUCUCUCUUUAUGGAACACUUGUAUAUGCUAUGCUCAUCGCCUUUUGACCUGUACUGUUAUAAUCAUAUGUUGCCUCAUCUCGACAAACCUCUCACCUUUGAUGGCACACCUUUGACCAAGGGGUUGUCAGGGGCUAUUUAAAUGAAAUAAAUAUGAAAAUGCUAAAAAAAAAUCUUGAAAUAAUAUUUGUUAUAAUUUUGUUACUUUGAAAGGUAUUACAGUUGUUACUAUACUAUAUAUUUUGUGUAUUUCAAGACAGAGGUGAGGUUACAUGAGUUAUGUGGCACCUUUUGGUCUUCUUGACCUUCAAAUGCAAGUGCUGCUAUCUGUGGUUUUCACUUAAUAAACAUAUAUUGGUACAAA